UGAACUAAAUUAUGUUGCGAAUAAUAUUUCAGAGUUAGAAUUUGAACAAGUAAUGGAAAAUUAUUCAAAUUCAAUUGAAUAUGAUGAUGAUAUGUUCAAUACCAAUAUUGAAGAACUUGAUGAAGAUUAUAUUUCUGAUGAAGAUAAUUUAGACGAAAUUAGACAGUUGGAUUGUGAGAAUUUAGAAAUUAAGGAAAUAAUCGAUUUUAAUCUUUUUGCUAAAGAACCAACAAAUGAAACAAAUCAUGAUAAUACUAUAGAAGCUGAAGACGAACUUGAUUAUGAUAUUACUGAGCUCGUCAAUGCAGCUAUAAAUAACACAAAAUAA